CGGGGCCGGGCCGGCGGCCAGAGCCCGGGAGCUGGCGGGUCGGCGGGGCUGCCAUUUCCGGCCGCAGGUCAGCGCCGGCGCCCUUGACCGGGACCCCAUGCUGCUGAGGCGGACGCAGCCCCUGCUGGGCCGGGCGCUCCCCCGCGCCCGGGCCUGGGGCCCCGGGAGGCGCGCGCACCACGGGGGCCCGCCCCGGGAGGCCGACGUUCCCUUCGCCCGGGCGGCCAUCGGGAGCUUUUUCCAAGGGGCGCCCAGCCUGGGCAACCAGUACGCGGAGGACGCUUUGCUGAGGGGCGGCCUGAAGAGGCUGCUGCCCCCGCAGGUCUUUGCGGAAGUGACCCAGGACCUGCAGAGGUUUGGGGCCCGAGUAUCAGGCGAGAUCCUCUCCCUGGGGCAAGAGUGUGAGGCGAACCCCCCUAGACUGCAGCAGUUUGACGGGUGGGGUCGGCGAGUGGACCACAUCCUCACCUGCCCAGCUUGGAAGAAGCUCAAGGACAUCUCUGCUGAGGAAGGGCUGAUCGCCAUCGGCUACGAGAGGAAAUAUGCCAGAUGGAGCCGCGUGUACCAGGUGGCCAAGCUGUUCCUGUUUUCUCCCUCUUCUGGAGUGUUCCUUUGCCCCCUGGCCAUGACCGAUGGUGCCACCAAGGUCCUGGAGGUAAUGAACAGCUCAGGGCCACCAGGGGAAGCUUUGGGUCAUCUGACAUCCCGGGACCCGGAGCACUUCUGGACCUCUGGCCAGUGGAUGACCGAGCGCAAGGGAGGCUCCGACGUGGCCUACGGCACCGAGACGGUGGCCCUGCCCCAGGAAGACGGCACGUACAAACUCUUUGGAUUUAAGUGGUUCACGUCAGCCACGGAUGCCGACAUGACACUGACCCUCGCCCGGAUCAUGGAUGCGAGAGGAUCUGUCAUCAAGGGGACCCGGGGCCUGAGCCUCUUCUUCCUGAAGUUACGGGACGAGCAGGGACGGCUGAACGGCCUCGAAAUCCAGCGUCUGAAGGAGAAGCUGGGCACCCGCCAGCUGGCCACUGCUGAGCUGCUGCUGGAUGGGGCGCAGGCGCAUCUGAUCUCCCAGGAGGGCCGGGGAGUGGCCACCAUUGCCAACAUGCUGAACAUUACCCGGAUAUACAAUGCCAUAGGUGCCGUCAGCUUCAUGAGAAGGGUGGUCAACAUGGCCCGAGAGUACGCCACCCAGAGGUUUGUCUUUGGAAAGCUCAUCAAAGACCACCCGCUUCACACCCAGACGCUGGCCCAGAUGGAGGUGCAGACCCGAGGCGGGCUCCUCUUGGUGUUGGAGAUGGGCAGGUUACUGGGCCUGGAGGAGACCAACGCUGCCAGCGCCCAAGACUCUCACCUCCUCCGCCUUCUGACUUCAGUCAUCAAGCUCUAUACUGCAAAGCAGGCCAUGGCCGUCGUGUCCGAGGGGCUGGAAUGCUUCGGGGGGCAGGGCUACAUGGAGGACACGAGCUUGGCGGGCAUUCUUCGGGACACGCAGGUGCUGACCAUCUGGGAAGGAACCACCAACGUCCUGGCCUUGGACACGCUGCAUGUCCUGACCAGGAGCCAAGGGCAGGUGCUGCAGGCCUUCUCGGCCUCUGUCCAGGAGAAGGUGGCCCGGGCUUCCCAGCAGCCGGAGCUGGCUCCUUCUGCCCGCCGCCUGCAGGACGCCCUCGGGAGGCUGGCCGGGCAGCUCGAGGGGCUCCAAGGGCACAGCAACUCCAUGGAAAUGGCGGCGCGGGCCCUGGCCUACACGCUGGCCCGGAUCUACAUCGGGGCCCUGUUGGUGGAGCACGCGGCCUGGGCCGAGGCCUCCCCUUCAGACAUCUACGCUUCCCAGAGGUGGUGUGGACAAGACCUCUGCCCCUUGGACACGGCUCAGCGAGCCGGCUGCUACGGGGCCGACGCCGUCGGCAGAGACAUGGCCCUGGUCUACGAGGCGAGCCCAGCUCUCCACGGGGAGGAGAGCACCCGGGCUGCUUAGCCGAGAGGCGACGCGGCCUUUGUGGGAGAGGGACUCGGCCGGCCUUAGACCGUGUGCCCAAGGGCGAGCGCGCCUUAAAUACGCUGUAUUCCCAAC